AUGGUCAAGCACGGGGUCGUCGAUGUUGACAUCGACGUUGACAGACUCCUUGCCCAGCUCACUCUAGAAGAGAAGAUUGCCCUCCUCUGCGGCCAAGGCUCUUUCAAGACCACCAGUCUUCCGGCCCAUGGAAUUCCAAGCAUCACCACCUCAGAUGGACCCCACGGUCUGCGUGGCGCGAGGCAAUUUGCACGCGUCCCCAGCAUCCUAUUGCCCUCCGCGACGGCCAUGGGCGCCACUUUUGACGUUGAUCUGAUGCGCCGCAUCGGAAAUCUACUAGGCGAAGAAGCCCGCUGCAAGAACAUCCAUGUCUUGCUGGCCCCUACCGUGUGCCUCCAGCGGUCACCCCUCAUGGGCCGCGGCUUCGAGGCUUUUGCCGAAGACCCCAUCCUGAGUGGCCUGAUCGCGUCGGCCUAUAUCAACGGCAUUCAGGAGCUUGGGAUUGCCGCUUGCAUCAAGCACUACGCUGCUCACGACCAGUCCACCAUGUCCAUCGAAGACAAUGUCCGAAUGUCGGACCGGACAUUACGCGAGCUGCAUCUACUACCCUUCCAGCUGGCCUACCGGCAUUCUAAUCCCUGGUCGUUCAUGACGAGCUACAACAUGAUCAAUGGCGUUCACUCCAGUGAAGACCCUUUACUCUUACAGCAGAUCCUCCGACGGGAAUGGGGCUUUGACGGCCUCGUCAUGAGUGAUUGGUGGGGCACCUACAGCACCGCAGAGUCGAUCAACGCCGGCAUGGAUCUCGAGAUGCCCGGUCCUACCCAGUUCAGGGGCGAGCUGCUGGCUAUCGCCGUGAAUACUCGCAAAGUCUCCCACGCGACGGUAGACGCGGCCGCCCGGAACGUCCUCAAGUUCGUGAAAAAGGUCACGGCAGCGGCGCGGCCGUGGUCCGGUGAUCCUUCAGCCGCCAACACACCCAAGAACCGCAAACUUAUACGCAAGCUCGUCGCUGAUAGCAUCGUGCUGCUGAAGAACGAUCGGGGGGCACUUCCCAUCCAGGAUAGGAAGAGCAAGUCCUAUGGCCUCAUCGGUGACCACUUCAAGUACCCAGCGCUCUCGGGAGGUGGCAGUGCCGAAGGUGACCCUUAUUAUUCAGUAACACCGUACGAUGCCAUGGUGGAAGUCGCCGGUGAGGAGAGUGUUGCCUACACCCCUGGAAUUUACAGCUUCAAAUUCGUCCCUUUCCUAAAGAAGCUCGACCAGCCAGGAACAAACAACCAUGGCUGGUUUGUAGAGAUCUUCAGUCAGAACCCGGACGGCGAUCCUGAUGCCCAGCCGGUCUACUCGACAGCCACCGACAAGGACUUGAUCGACGUGCCCGAAAGCCUCCACAAGUUCCUCCCGCACAAGUACUUUGUCCGAGCGAAGGCCGUCUUUUCCCCGGAGAACUCGGUACGCUUCUGCUUCGGGUUCAGCGUCGCCGGCAAGGGCAAGGUCAGAAUUGACGGCAAAGACGUAAUUGACCUUUGGGCUAGCCAACCUCCCAAGACGGACGAUACGCCGUGCUUCAAUCGGCUUUCGAUGGAAAGGUUUUACGACAUGAAUGUGCAAAAGGGGCUGGCUAUAAACGUGGAAGUCUUGAUGGUUAACGAGGACGUUAGUGGUGGUGUAGGAACGGCCUUUACGCUCGCUGGCCGUCUUGGCGGAUACGAGGUCCUUGAACCAGGCCAGGGCCUUGCUGACGCUGUGAGAAUCGCCCAGAGUGUCGACGUCCCCAUCGUCAUGGUGGGACUCUCGGCGGACUAUGAGAGCGAGGCGAGUGACCGCAAGCACCUUCGGCUUCCUCCUGGGGCGGACGAACUUGUCGAGGUGGUGCUCGACGCGAAUCCCAAUGCCAUUGUCGUGACCCAAGCAGGGUGCCCGAUCGAGCUGCCUUGGGAGCGCAAGACGGACACCCUCCUUCAUGCUUGGUACGGCGGCCAGGAGACUGGCCACGGCCUUGUUGACGUCUUGUUUGGCGAUGUCAAUCCCGGUGGCAGGCUAUCCGUCACAUUUCCCAAGUCCAUCACACACACGCCCGCGUACCUGACAUUUGGGAAAUCCGACCGAGAGAUCCUCUACGGUGAGGGAGUGUUCAUCGGCCACCGGUACUACGAAGCGGUUGACCGGGACCCCCUUUUCUACUUCGGGCACGGCCUCUCGUACUCCAAGUUUAACUACUCGGAUUUGACGGUCCCAUCCCGGUUCGAAUCGUCAGCACAACAUGAGAUGACUGUCGCCGUCGACGUGAAGAACGCGGGUCCUUGUGACGGCGUCGAAGUCGUCCAACUCUACAUUCACGACCCGGAGAGUUCGGUCCUGCGGCCGGCAAGGGAGCUCAAGGCCUUUGCUAAGGUGUCCCUGGCCGUGGGCGAGACGAAGAGAGUCGUCUUGAGGUUGGACAAGUACGCUCUUUCAUUCUGGUCGGAAGAGGACGGGCAGUGGAAAGCCGAGGCGGGCGAGUACCAAGUCAUCAUUGGUACUAGCUCCAACCCCAAGGAUGAGGUCUUGCGUGCGGGCUUCGAGCUGCCCACGACUUUCUUCUGGUCCGGGUCUGACGUCCGAUAG